AUGAAGAUCACAGCGUUGCUGGUGCUCAAGUCCCCCGGCGACCCGGCUUCCGCCUCGUCGGCGGGCGGCGAGCAGCAGCAGCAGGCGGUGGUGCUAGCGAACGCGUCGGACGUGAGCCGCUUCGGCUUCUUCCAGCGGCCGGCCGCGCGCGAGUUCAUCGUCUUCGUCGCCCGCACCGUCGCGCUCCGCACCGCCGCCGGCAGCCGCCAGACCGUUCAGCACGAAGAGUACAAGGUGCAUUGCUACAACCCGAGCGGCCUCUGCGCCGUCAUCUUCACCGACGACCACUACCCCGUCAGAAGCGCCCACUCCCUCCUCAUCAAGGUUCUCGAGGAGUACCAGAAGAACUUUGGAGAGUCAUGGAGGACAGCGGAAGAGGAUGCCACCCAGCCCUGGGAAUAUCUGGAUGACGCCCUCACGAGAUACCAGGAUCCUGCAGAGGCUGACAAGUUGCUAAAAAUUCAGAGGGACUUGGAUGAAACCAAGAUUAUUCUCCACAAGACCAUUGACAGCGUGCUGGAAAGAGGUGAACGGUUGGAUAGCCUAGUAGCAAAGAGUUCAGACCUAAGUGCUGCUUCACAGAUAUUCUACAAGCAGGCUAAGAAAACCAACUCUUGCUGUACAAUCCUGUAAUAAAGUUCAUCUUCCUAGGGCAGUGGUGGUAUUGAGCUCAGCAGUGCCAAAGGCAUCUCCGUUUACCGCUUCUUAAUCCUGAGAUGUAUUGUCAUAAAACAUUACGUUGGUCUACACAGUGAAUAGGUCUUAGUCCACAGGUUCUCGUGUGAUUCUCUGCAAGUAAUGCAUAAGUAUGGUCAGGGUGUUGUUAUGAGUAGAGUUGUGUUUACUGCUGUGUUGAAGCUACUUGGUGCUGAUGAACCUUUACGGCUGCCAUAUGUUACUAACUGAUUAUUACUUGCCGCA